UAUCUAAAAAUGUUGGUGGUGGUGAUGAUAACUAAAAUAAUAUUGUUUGUAUAUUAUAAUCCCUACAACAAGCAAGUGGGGAGUCAUAUUCAACUCCAAGUUGAACUGUUUCUCCAUCGCUGCCAUCACACUGCUUGUACUAUUUCAUUUCCUCCAUCCUUUCUCUCUCCUCCGAUCCUUCUCUCUCCUCCUUCGCUGCUGCUGAUACUGCUUCAAUGUCUUGGUUUUCUUCUCUCAGCACAUAGUUUGAUCUUUAGAGAUUAACUGAGCUGAGAGACCACACCACCCACUACCACCUUUCAUUUCUUUCAUUUUCGUAGCUUUGACUUGAAGGUUGACUCCCUGGUAGGCUGGAAUCCAAAGGUUUGAGGGUUUGAAGGAAUCAAUGUCCAGAGAAAAAGAAAUGGAGGGUACUGCAGAAGAAGGAGGAGGACGAGGAGGAGGAGAAGAAAGCAGGGAGUUGUUUAGAGAUGAAUGCAAUAAUAAUGUUCUCAGUUGUAAGAAAUUGGUGUUUGCUAGUAAUGCCGGAGAAAAGGUUGGAAAUCAAGGCCUGAGCCGCCGUGGAUUUCAAUAUUCACGGCAGCUUAGGCUCGAAGUUGAUGGUUCUGGUUCCUUAGGAACCGUGCCACGUAAACCGCAGGAUACAGACUAUACAAUUCCUCCCCUCACUGAUGAGGUGGAGGCCUUGAUCUUAGCCAGGGUGCCGAGAUCAGAGUACCCGAAGUUUUGUACCAUAAACAAGCGAUUUUUCACGCUGUUGAAGAGCGGUGAGCUAUACAAGAUCAGGGCCAAACUUGGGAUCAAGGAGCCCUCUGUGUUUGUGUCGCAACACGGGGAGAAUACAUGGUGGGAAUUUGACAGGCGGUUCAGGUUUUGCAGGAAGCUCCCAAUCCUACCGUCGGAUUUGUGCUUCGCGUCAAGCGACAGGGAGUCCCUUUGUGCAGGGACUCAUCUCCUGGUGUCCGGCAGAGAGAUAGAGGGUGUUGUUGUUUGGAGGUAUGACAUGGAAGCAAACCAAUGGAGCAAGGGUCCUAGCAUGAUCAGUCCGAGGUGUAUGUUUGCUUCUGCAACAUGUGGUUCCUACGCAUAUGUGGCCGGCGGGAUGGGACUGGCAAGUGAUUGGAAAGCCAUGGAUUCUACUGAGAGAUACGAUCCCGGGACUAAAUCAUGGGAGCCCCUUCCGAAUAUGAAGCAAGAGAGGAGGGGCUGCUCCGGCUGUUUCUUGGACAACAAGUUUUAUGUAAUUGGAGGGAAAGAUCGUCAUGGAAGUGAUUUAUUCUGUGCUGAAGCCUUUGAUAUUGAGAAACACACAUGGGAACUUAUCCCGGACAUGCUAGAAGCUGACUGGGCAACUCUAAGUAACUCGUCUCCGCCUCUUAUUGCGGUGGUGGCCAGCGAGCUCUACUCUCUUAAAACUUCCACGAAUGAGCUCAAGGUGUAUUUGAAGCAAAGCAAGGCAUGGAAGAAGUUGGGGGUCGUUCCGGUAAGAGCUGAUGCUACUUCCGGAUGGGGUGUAGGGUUUAAGUCACUCGGGGACGAGCUACUUGUCAGCCAAUCUUCAUCAGAUGCAAAUGCAGGAGGCCCUGCCCUCAUGUACACUUGCUGCCCUGAUCCAACCGCUGAUGAAUUGCAGUGGCAAGCUCUUGAGCAGGGCCACAGCCACAAUACCCGCUUCAUCAUUAAUUGUUCCGUCAUGGCUGCUUGAAUAAGGUUAACUUUGACCCAGAAGGUGUAUUUUCUGCCUUCUAGCCGUUUGAUGUGGAGCAUUGGGUCGAACUAUUCUUUGGUGUCAUGGUAAUAGCUAUGAAUAAUCGACUCCUGAAAAAUGGUAGUACGGAAUCAUAGACAUACAAUGCAUCACAGACGGAUGAUCAAUACGCUUCAGCCGGUUAUUUUCUAUUCCACCUCUUAUAAGGCUUGCCACGAGUACAGCCUAGUUUGUUUGAUUUUCCACUUGUUUUUCCGUUGUUGUAUUACUAUUAAUGUGCGUGGUUCUCCCAAGUCCAAACCUCGUGACAUAGAACUUGGGAGUAUCUAAUGAAGCUUUCUGGGUUUUUCUUUU